UUAACCUUAUCUUCCACAACAUCCUCAGUGUUUCUUCAAGACAGUAGUUAGUUUCCAAAACCCUCUCAAAACCCUUUCCUCUCUUCUCUCCAUGAUAAUUCUUCCGCUUCGCCAUUCAACCAUGCAAAUUUCCCUUACAAACUCCCCCUUCAAAACCCCUCAAAUUUUCCCAUUUCACCAACCAAUUUUCUCUCCAAAACAACCCAACCAAGUUUCACUUCAAACCCAUGUCGUCAAUGCCAUUAAAGGCUCAGGUUAUUUAUCAGAAAUCAGCAAAGCAAUCGAUUACGAAGAACAGUACCGCGUAGCGAAAUCACAGGUGAUUCGGAAAGGUUUGGACUUGGAAGGUUAUUCCAUUGAAGGGGUUUCAAUUGGAGGACAUGAGACUUGUAUUAUUAUUCCUGAGUUUAAGUGUGCUUUUGAUAUUGGAAGGUGCCCAACUAGAGCUAUUCAUCAGAAUUUUGUUUUUAUUACUCAUGCUCAUCUUGAUCACAUUGGAGGACUGCCGAUGUAUAUAGGAAGCCGUGCUUUAUAUAAUUUGAAACCUCCCACCGUAUUUGUUCCUCCUUGUAUCAAAGAUGAUGUUGAGAAGCUGCUCGAUGUUCACGAGUCCUUGGGCCAAGUUGAACUGAAUUGUGAAUUGGUUGCUUUGGAUGUCGGGGAGACGUAUGAAAUACGGAAUGACCUCGUUGUUCGACCGUUCAAAACACACCAUGUUAUACCAAGCCAGGGUUAUGUAGUUUACUCAAUUAGAAAAAAGCUGAGGAAGCAAUACAGUCACAUGAAUGGGAAACAAAUUGAGAAAGUAAAAAAAUCGGGUGUUGAGAUUACAGACACUAUAUUAUCUCCCGAGGUGGCCUUCACCGGGGAUACAACAUCAGAUUUUAUGCUUGACCCACUUAACGCUGAUGCAUUGAGAGCAAAAGUGCUUAUAACCGAGGCAACUUUCUUAGAUGACUCGACCAGCGUAGAGCAUGCACGCCAACGCGGUCAUACACAUAUAUCUGAGCUCAUUGAAAAUGCUCAAUGGAUUCGCAACAAAACAGUUCUGUUGACUCAUUUUUCAUCAAGAUACAAUAUAGAGGAUAUUCGUCAAGCUGCAUCAAAAUUGCAGUCCAAGCUGUCAGCAAAAGUGGUUCCUCUAACAGAAGGCUUCAAAUCAUUGUACUCUUAACUGUUCAUUCGAAGUUAAUACAAGUUGUACGAGUAUCCGUAUACCAAUGAGCACUUAGUGAAAGAAUGUAGUAAACAGUUUAUGAAAAAGAAUGUUACAAACUUCAUUGUUUCUUGUAAAUUAGUGAAUUGUAUCUGUAAUGUAAUUACUAUUAGUUCAGCGCUGAAGAUGUUCUUUGGCUUAGCAAUAAGUCAGUUUCAUAUGUUUGUAA